AUGAAUGCUUACGAUACAAUGCUAGCGUCAAUUGAUUUACGUUUGGAACUAUUUGGCAAAAUAAACCGAGAUUGUGAGCUUAGUAUACAACUUAAAGUAGCGGUCCAAGCGGAUUUACCACAAAAUAAAAAGAUGAACGACAAAUUUGGUAAUACGGAAACCAUGGGGAAAAGUGGGGUAGAUAAUGGUGGGUCGUUACCCACAUCUCCCACCCUCCCCCUUCAAAAUUCUUUUUACAAUCAUCGUAUUAUUCCCCAAGGACCUCAGGUCAUAGAUGGAACUUUUGUAACUGUGGGUGGUCCAAAAAAACGGCGUGGAAACUUACCUAAAGCCACGACUGCCCUACUUAAGGACUGGUUGGCAAAGCACAAAAAGCAUCCCUACCCGACUGAAGAAGAAAAACAAGAUCUUGCUAAAGAAACCAUGUUGAAUUUACAGCAAAUUUCUAAUUGGUUCAUAAAUGCAAGAAGGAGGCAUUUGCCCCUUAUGUUAAAUUCGUCAAAUUCUAAAAGCACCGGUAAUGACCUAGAUAUAUAUCCGUACAAGGCUGCUGAAAAAGCUGAUGGUAUUUAUCUUGAAUAA